GACGAAGGGGAAGUUCAUGUCUUGUUACAUAUACUCCGAAGCACUCACGGAAAAGGAAAUUUACAAAUACCAUCCCAACUAUCACAGCAGCGAACAACAGCAUGCUAUCAUCAAGAGAGAAGUCACGUCCUCGGACAAAAACGCGCCGACUGAGAUGGCCGACAGCGAGACACUGCCAUCACCUAAGAAGCUGCGCCGUAAGCAGCGGUGCUCCGAGGUGGAGUACGAGGAUACGCAUGGCUCUACCAUGAUCACAGAGUGGAAGCUCUCGUGCGACAACGACCAUCGCAUCCUGGCCUCGACCGUCAUCUGCGUGGCCAUGCUGCUCGGUGGCAUCAUGUUCUCUCCCUUCGUCGACAAGCUGGGCCGCAAGACCCUCAUAAUGAUGUGCUGCGUGCAGAACACGCUCUUGGCCAUCGGCGUCACUUUCGUCGGUGACUUCAACUCGUACCUGGUGCUGCGCUUCCUCGCGCGACUCUACAUCGAGGGUGUGGAGGUGGGCGUGCUGGUGCUGGCUGUGGAGCUGGUCCCCGCCAAAAAUCGCCCGCUGGCACCGUUCGUACUGUUCGUCGCCUACUCGCUCGGUCACUGCCUUCUGCCGCUGCUUGCGUACUAUUUCAAAAGCUGGCGCAACUUUCAGCUGACGAUCGCGCUCGGCUCGGCCGUGCUAAUCCCCAUCACCAGCUUUUUGGUGCCAGAGUCCCUCAACUGGCUGGUGGCGUCCGGCCGCAAGGAGGAAGCCGAGAAAAUCAUCCGCCGGGCUGCGCGGUUCAACGGCCUUGCACUGCCUGACAACUUCAGCCUGGAUGAGAUGGACGACGACGACCACGACAAGACCAAGGAACAAGGGAAGACAGCCUGUGCGACGGCGGCCCAUCGCCUGCAACGGCGCGUCACAGGCAUGAAUGGGCGCGCCAAACAGGGCGCCGGUGACUUCAUGCAGCACGAGAUCCACGCUCACCUGGGCCAGUGGGCCAGGCUCUUCGAUAUGAUGAAGAACGGCCAGCUGCGGAAACACUUCAUCAUAGUCUCCUACGUGUGGGCGGUGGUCGGCUUCCUGUACUUCGGCCUCACCACCAGCACCAUGGAGUCCAAGGGCAACGUGUACCUCAACUACGGCCUGUCGGGUCUGGUAAUGAUCCCGGCCUGCGUGUCCGUCUUCCUCAUCCUGCGCAGGUUUGGCCGCAAGAAGCCCAUCAUGGUGAUGCUGGCCGGCUGUGGCCUGUCCGUGAUUGGCUCCACGCUCUGCCCGCUGCAGGCAGGCGAUGGCACUGACCUCUAUCCGCUGUACGUGGCACUAAAGAUGGUCGCCAAGUACACCACGUUUUCGGCGCUAGUUUCCAUCCGGCUGCUCAUCAUCGAGAUCUUCCCGACGCCGGUGCGCGGCAGUCUGGUCGGCUUGACGGCCGUGUUUGGACUCCUGGGCUCGGGACUCGGAUACUACUACUCCGUUAUGCUGGACUUCUCCAAGUACGUGGGCGUGGCGGCUGGCUGCCUGGCGCUGCUGGCCUCCGUGCUGUGCCGCUUCCUGCCCGAGACAUCUAACCGGCCCCUGCCCGACACCAUCCACGACGUCAUGGAGGCCUACCGCGACGUCUUCGUCAACAUGCUCAGCAUGAUGGGCGGCAUGGGCGCCGGCGGCGGCGGCGGCGAAGAGACGGCAAACGGCGACCAGAAGCCUCCGCUCGCCUCGCCAGACGAGCAGGAGAAGAUGCUGCCGGACGAGAACGGUGGCCAGGAGGCACCGAGCCCGGCUGUGAAGACCGAGCUGCCCCGGCCGGCAUCCCCCAAGUGGCAGCCGAACGUGUGAGCUUGGCAGACGCAGACGACGACGACUGCAGACGCAGACGCAGACGCAGACGCAGACCGCCGCCGAACCUCGGUCAACUGCUGCGCAACAGAGGCUUCGGUGUGUCCGCCAGGGGGUGUGAAGUGGUGCAGGAUGUUCGGUAUGGCAUUUUGAGGUCUUACAUAGAUCCGAGAGGAUGGUGACUGGGCCUCACUCUGGUGAGACUGCAUGACAUGACAUUUCGUGCUCUACUUAGCUCCAAAAGGAUGGCGACUGGGACUUACUCCAGCGAGACUGCAUGAUAUGUCAUCUCCAGGUCCUUUCUAGCUCCGAGAGGAUGGCGACUGGAGCUCACGCCAGCGAGACUGCAUGGUAUGGCAUCUCCAGGCCCUUCCUAGAUCCGAGAGGAUGGCGACCGGAGCUCACGCCAGCGAGACUGCAUGUUGCGGAUAUAUGAGUCUGUGAGGUGGAUUCAACGACGAAGUCAGGGCAUACAUGAUGCCUUCGGGACUUUGUUUGCCAUCGAAGUGGCAGGCUGGGGCUACCAAAGCUGCGUCGUCUCACAAGAACCCAGAUCAUCUCAUAGCCGCUGUCGUUUAUUACCUCAACAUGCCGCGAAAUGCCGAUCCCGGCAGGAUUAGCUCAAGCCAGCACGCUGGACAAGGAGCCAACCUGACAACGAGGUUUGCAAGAUGCUCUGAACUGUCCAGAAGUGACUCUUCAUGUGCUUUUAGCUUACAAUAACCCAGAUGUUUCUGGAGAUGGGGACAAUGGUUCCUUCGUUGCUGGCAUUGCUGCCAGCUGUUUUCAAGCUUCACCUCAAUUUGGUGCUAAGUACUUGUGCCUUGGAUGGUCUUUCAUCGGUACUUGCGUUCGGUGCUCAAUGCAAGCCUUUUGAAAACAACUGCUCAAACCUGUCCAGGCUGGGUGCUUAGCCUUUAUCCAUUGCGUGUCUUCCAUGUGAACGUAGCGGUGCGCGCUGCUUGUGCUUACAUUGGUCGUUAGCAGUUCUUGGGUGUCGCCUAAAGAACAAGGAAGUGUUUCAGAAGGUUAAUAUUUCGAGAUGUAUUUUAAGGACUUGGCGUGCCAAACAACCUUUUCACACCUUUCUUUUCAAGACCGAGGCGAAAACAGAUCACAACGAGCAGCUUUCGUACCAAAGCAAACGCGACACAAUGGAAAAUACGUCGCCUGUGUCCUUGCUUGCCUAGGCUCGGCGCUCCGUGACGCUGCGUUCAAAAGCACAGCUGUAUGAAAACAAAGCUUUGAAAGUUAUGUACUCUUCAGUAUAGGCCUUCCAGGCUAACAGUUGCUGUACCCGAUCCAUUCGAUGCUCAUGGUCAGUGUCCAUAGCCACCCUCUGCUUAUUCGUAAUCGAUUGUACCCACCCAUUACCCACCCAGUUUAUUUUCACUGCGGGUUUUAAGUGCGGAAAAGUUUCAGGAAAGCUUACGCCCAAACUUACCAUUUUGCGUUGCUUUUACAAAAUUGUUGUGAAUGAAGUGAAUUGCGAGCAAAAAAGAAGCGUAAUCGGCGACAGCGUGCUGCAUUUCUUGAAGUAUUUACCUGGUGUUACGUAAAGGGUUCACCCACACCCGUGCCGAUAACCGCAAUUCUUCCAAAAUAUCCACCCAAUCAACCUGCCACCCGUUUCAUAUAGUUACUUUCACAUUUUGUCAACCCGUGGAAUUCUCUGCUGUCCAGCCACUAGCACAUUUAGUCUUGUGGAAAAGCGUAUCGCACCAUCAGACUUCAGCAUGGUUCUGGUAAUGAGCAACAGGAUGCACACAGCAUGGGGCUGCUGAGCUUUGUUGGAUCGAAAUCGUUACAUGUCAGUGUCAUUGGGGCUUAA